CUGUGCUGGAUUGCAGCACCAAGUCAGUACUAAUGACAUGUACUGAAGAAUGCAACUGCAUCCUGCCGGUGAAGUGUGGGCUGAUUUCAGCCACAUGGGGAGAGCCUUGGGUUCAAACAAAAGGCUGCUAAAGGUAAAAAGGUGUGAAGCUCAGCUGGAUUCUUGUGCUAGUUUAAAUUCUCCAAGAUGAGCUUGAUAGGAGGCGGGUACUGAGAACCUACCUUUGACCUCAGUAUGUUCAUGUUAGUAUAAGUUCAGUGUCUUCAGAAUGUUUCCGGCUCCUGAUGCCAUCUGGCAAGGAGUGGUCUCCAUUCACACCAUGACAUUCUUUAGGCUCCACUCCGAGGCAGUGCAUGCAUGCUGCCAAAAAGAGCUGCUGGCUUGGCCCAUGCUAACUGCUGAGACAUGCCAGGAAUUAUUUAGGAGCCAAGGAUCCUUUAACAAUAUAAUGGUACAGUUGAUCAUAUUCCAUCACAUGUGCACUGUUUAAUGUACUCAUACAGACAUGGGCUGUAAAUUUCAUUUGAAAUGUUUAAAAUUCUAUUUGUAAACUGUCAGUAGGAGCUGCAGUUAGUAGUAUUUGUUAGGGCACUUCUUUCCAUUAUAAACUAAAUACAUCUCAGAAUAUCCUUGCUGGGAUAGUUAAAUAAAUCUGCCUUCUUUGCCUUAGCCUUUACUGGUAAGACCAGCCUUCAGGAAUCCCAGGCCCCUGAAACCAGAGGGAAAGUCUAGCACAAAGAAGAUUACCCUUGGUGGAGAAGGAACUGGUUGAGGAACCCUUAAAUAUCUGGGCAUGCCCAAGUUGUGUGGUGCCUGAUGGCAUGCACCCAGGAGUGCUCAGGGAGGUGGCUGACAUCAUUGUGAGGCCACUUGUGAUCAUCUCUGUAAGAUCACAGCAAACAGGAGAGGUUCCUGAAGACAGGAAGAAGUCACUUGAAAUUCAUUUUGAACACAAGAAUUCUUUUACUGUGAAGGCAGUCAGACACUGGAGCAGAUUACCCAGAUUAUGGCGUGUCCGUUUGUGGAGGUAUGCUAAAUUUAACAGGACACAGUCCUGGGCAGGCUGUCCUGAGCAAGAGGUUUGGACUAGAUGAUCUUGAGGUCACUUCAAGGUGCAACAAUUCUGUGAUUCUUGUUAUUCUUUGUUUCUCCAUUAUGUUUCUAUUACCAGGUUGCAUGGUACAACACAAUCUUGCACAGAUUGAAGAAGAGCUAGAGGAUAUAUUUAGAAAGAACUUGACUACUCUCUGAAUAGUUCUGGGUAUCUGACUCAUAAACAGUUUUGAAACUGGCUGCAGAAUUCACACUAAUUCAAGGAAGAGAAAGCAAAUGUGGAACUAGAAUUAAUUGAUUCCCAGAAACUACUUUGAUGCCUAUAAUUCUUAUGUUAUCAGACUGAAGUUUUAAAACAUCUUCUCUGUACUAUAGAAUCACAUUUUGGAAAAAGAACCGUUUUAGGAUGCAGAUGAGCCAAUCUGAGUCAGUUCUACUGACACAGAUCCAAGCUGUAGAGAUCCCAAGCUGUGACAGUCUUGAAUUAACUGUAACAUCUCAGUCAUUUAGUGCUGUUGGGACACAUUGGAAUUUUAAUAUCUUGAUUUUUUCUGGAUUUUUUCAGUUUCAUUUCUUUGUGUGUACUGCUUUGUUGUAACAUGCAUUCAUUUGUUUGGUUUGCAAGGCUUAGACUAUAGUAUUUGGUGAAUAACUUUUCCCCUCUUUUUUUGAAGAAUAAAGUUCAUGCUGACCAUUUGUGACCAAAAUAAGGGAGCGUAACAGAUUUAUAUUUAUGCAUAUUCAUGUUGUCUGCAAGGUGUUCCAUGCCCCAUUAAAAUGUCACACUGCAUUAAUGAUCAAAUGUUGGUGAUCUUCAAGCACAGGUCAGACAGAUGUCCAGGGAACAUCUUUAUCUACUAUCAUUCUCUUAUCCCUGCUUUUCAGUAGCUGGGACUUUAAAUUUGCAAGACAGUCAGCUGCAGCCCAAAGGUGAACAAUUUGUAUCUGACUCCCGCAUGCUGCAACUGCCUUUCCACAAGCUGGCAAAACAGAGUUUAAAGUGGUAAUUAAAGCACUUUCUCCAAAAGAAGUCACCAGAAUUUACACUCCUCGGCCUUUGGAUAGAAACGAUGGCACAUUUCUUAUGCGGUAUCGGAUGUAUGGGAGUGUCAGAAAAGGGUUAAAAAUUGAGAUACUUUAUGGUGAUCAGCAUGUAGCACAAUCUCCUUAUAUUUUAAAAGGACCAGUUUAUCAUGAAUAUUGUGACUGUCCUGAAGAGGACCCUGAGAUCUGGCAGAAUGAUAUGUCUUGCCCAUCCCAAGAACCUCAGAUUACAAAGGACUUCACUUCUUUCCCCACCAUUGACCUUCAGCGAAUGCUUAAGGAAAUCCCAACAAAGUUCAGUCAAACAAGAGGUGCUAUUGUUCAUUACACUAUUCUCAAUAAUCGCAUCUACCGUCGCUCCUUAGGGAAGUAUACAGACUUCAAAAUGUUCUCCGAUGAAAUGCUCCUGUCACUGUCAAGAAAGGUUCACCUUCCUGAUGUGGAGUUCUAUCUUAAUGUUGGAGAUUGGCCAGUUGAGUAUCGGAAAGCUAAUGAUACACCUGGUCCUAUACCUGUCAUUUCAUGGUGUGGCUCUUUGGAUUCAAGAGAUAUAGUCCUUCCAACAUAUGAUGUAACCCACUCGACUCUUGAAACCCUACGUGGAGUCACAAAUGAUCUCCUUUCUAUUCAAGGAAAUACAGGCCCAUCCUGGGAAAACAAAACAGAGCAAGCUUUAUUCAGAGGUCGAGACAGCCGAGAAGAACGUCUCAAUCUUGUCAAGUUAUCCAAGGAAAAUCCAGAACUACUAGAUGCUGGAAUAACAGGAUAUUUCUUCUUCAGAGAAAAAGAAAAAGAGCUGGGGAAGGUGCCGCUGAUGGGCUUCUUUGACUUCUUUAAGUACAAAUACCAAGUGAAUGUAGAUGGGACUGUAGCAGCUUACAGGUUUCCAUACCUCUUGCUGGGUGACUGCCUAGUAUUGAAGCAAGAUUCCCAGUACUAUGAACACUUUUAUAUUGGAUUGAAACCUUGGAAACAUUAUGUUCCUAUCAAGAGAAACUUAGAGGACUUGCUGGAGAAAAUAAAAUGGGCUAAGGAAAAUGAUGAAGAAGCGAGAGGAAUUGCUAAAGAAGGACAAUUAAUGGCAAGAGAAUUACUUCAGCCUCACAGGCUUUACUGCUACUAUUACAAAGUGCUCGAGAAAUAUGCCAAACGCCAAGCCAGCAAACCUGAAAUACGGGAUGGAAUGGAACUUGUACCUCAGCCUGAUGACAGAGACUCAGUAUGCAGCUGCCACAGAAAAAAGCCUUUAAGGGAAGAUCUGUAACUGUACCAGAUGAAGAAAAUCACCCACUUACAAUGCAAGAAUUCAAAUAGGAAUUAAGCUGUGAAAUCUAAGACAAUUAUGCACUAGCAAACAUUCUUACUUAUGUAUUCUUCUUGUCUUAACAUACUCUUUUUCACACUGACUCUGCUCUACAAGGUUGGUUCCCACAAUUUUGUAACCUUGACCACCACCAGACAGAUACUGAACCUGUAAUGGGGAGCAUCUAGGGGUUUUGUUUGAUGUACUGCAGCAUCAGGAGGAAGAGCAGAGUGCUGCUUUUGUUCCAGCUGGGACCUAGUUACCAAAGUUUUAUGAAGAACCAGUCAUCCACAAAAGAUCUUCCAUGAGUCAGUGAAGGUUAUUCUAAAGGAGCAUUUGCAACAUACUAAAACAGUGUUAUGAUUUCUUCAUACAGUUUACCUCAGUGUUAGAUUGUUUCUUGUAUACAAAACAAUUUUCUAACUAGACAAAGAAAGUAUUUGAGAUUUACAGAUAUCAAAUCUGUUGUUGUUUUGAGAUUAUUUUGUGGUCUAUGACAGAUGACAGAAUAAAGAACAUGAUAGACUAUUUAUCAAUUUCAGAGGGAAAGGAAGAGGAGGGGGAGAGAUCGGAAUAAUAUUUUAUAAGCACCAUGGCUGUGAAUUACCAAAGUUAAAUGCUGAUUUAAAGCAAACUGUGUAGCUAUAAAAAUCAGAGGGCUUUGAGUGCCAAGACACCACUGUGAAAACCUGUUCUUGCCAGUAACCAUGUCUGUGAAUAUAGGCACAGAUCCACAAAAGGACUUAAGAACUUCAGGUGAGACCAGCUGAAAUACUGGUGCCUUAGUUUAACAAUACAGUCUACAGUAUUCAAGGCUACUUGAAUAUUCCCACACUGGAAUUUGUUAGCAGAAUUGUAGACUGUAGGUUUAACUUCUGUGUAGAGCUAACCAUCUUUUCACUUGGAUUCAUGAGCUACUCUCUCCUGUGCCUGAGUCCCUAGAGGGAUAUUAGCCAUUUUCUGAAUUUAGUUCAUACCUAACCUUAUACUGAAAUCAGACAGUAGAUCAGACUUCAUUGUUUUGGUUCAAACAUGACAGAAAAAAAACUGUGCUGCCUUUUCUAAGAGUCUGAGUGUUAGAGACCAUACUAAGCAAUUGGGAAGUCAACUGUCAUUAUUGGUUUGAUUCAAAGCCUUUUUUCCAGAGUGCCUUAGCUUCAGUCUGGAGGUCUUCAGGUCUUCCACUGAAGUUGUGCAGCCGUGAAGCUAAGGAUACAAAAUUCACAGGACCAGAAGGAGCUGGUCAUACCACUGCAAUAAAGUAUGCCUUUGGGUGUGGGGAAGAGGAAAAAUGCUAGUCCUGGGUGCAGCUCUCAGUACCUCUGCUGAUUUUUACCCAAGGUUCUCCACUUCAGAAUGCAUAAACAGUCCUGUAAGGAGACACCAAUGCCUGUACCAAGACCAAUGCCCACAAGCACCCAUUUUUGUCCUCUGCAUUUUUGGCUUGGCUAAUGUAGCCUGCCUGAGCAGCCUCACACUCAGGUACACUCAGAUAAUGGCUUAGGAAUAGGAUUGUCUUAAGUCUGUGGAGAAUUGUCUUAAGUCUGUGGACUUGUCUAAUUGGUGCACAAAGUCUAGUGCUCUGCACUUCAUGCAGGCUUCAGUCUCGGUUCUACACUGCAAAUUACUCUUACAAAAUACAUGAAACAACAUUUCUGCACUACAACAGGAAGAAAGACUAGAUUUUUCAGUAUGCUAAAUACAGAAAGAACUUCAGGUUUCUGAAGAGGUUCAUGCAGCUCUCCAUCAUUCAUUUAUUACAUUAUGCCAGUUAAGAAAAAACCUGGAACAUGUGGCCCUGCCCAUCAUUCUCUUUGUUCUGGUUCUAACAGUAUAUAUAGUGGUUGUGUUUUUAUUUAGCAUGACAAUCAGUCCUAGAAUUUCAGGCUAUAAAUACAUGUUCAGCUCAUCUGCCAUAAUAUUUUCUAUACCAAAAUUCAGGAACAGGGUUCCAUUGCUGAAGAUGAUACUAAAAACUGAGUAUGUGCUCCUCUUCCCAUCUCUGUAUACAGUAAUUUUUACUGUAUGAUAUAAUCGUAUUUUGUGAUAUUGUCUAUUUUACCAUGUGCCUUUUAUAUUCACCAGUAUUUGUGGAACUGGUGUGCUCCGCAAAGGCAAUUAAGCAGACCAGAUGGUUGACGGCCCGAGGUUUUUUUCCACCUCUCACACAUGUAUUUCAAACCAAAAGUCCAAAAACGAUCUGUUUAUAUUUUUAAAAUGGGAAAGAACAAGGGGAGUCAUGACUCAUACUUUAGAGUUCUUUGGAAAUAUCUGUGUAGGAAAGACUGUCUUGAAACAGAAGUCUUUCAAACUGGAAGAAGAAUCAGUUAAAAUUUAAAUGGUCAUGAAUUCAAAUAAAUGUAAACAUUUUAUCCCUCCUUUCUUCCCUCCUAAGAAGAAAGAAACAACACCUAUUUUAAAUUCUCCUCUGCCAAAAAACCCUCCUUAUUUUUUUAGUAAACAUCACUUCAAAGGAAAGACUAGUUUGUCACAGAAUGUCUUAGAGAUGCUUUUAUAGCUUAGAGGCAAGAAAUAUCCUGAAAAAUACUAAUAUAUGCAUCUUCCUUCCAAAAUUAAAAAACAGUAGAGACACAGUAGAACUUUCAUUAAAAAUGCUUAGUCAUUUGAGAAAACCUGCUUCAAUUUAUAACUACAGAUCUUCCAAAGAUAAAAGGUAAGGCAAAGAAGCCUCUCCUCUUUCCACUGGUGGUACUAUAUGCAAUUUAAAUUAUAAUGAACAGCAAUUGCAACAAUUGCCCCUCCAGGCCAGAAAAAUGUCAGAUCUAUUUUAGUUUGAUGACAGGAUGAUACACUUUAGGCUCGUGUGUUACAGGAAUUGCUAAAUAUUCAGUAAAACCUGUCUGUACAAGUAAAGUGUAA